AUGUCGCCGUCUUUGUGGCAAACUUUUUGUUUCCGAUAUUUGUCACAAUUUGUUGGUAUCACUGCCGACACGAUUGACAUUAUGUUGCGAAAUGGUUUCGAUUCGGUGCAUACAUUGCGGGCCAUAAAUAUAGACGAAGAUUGGCAUCUGUUGCCGACACAGAUAUCUAUUGGUCAGAAAUUAUUAUUACGACAGGCAUUAACCAAACUGCAAGAUAUCACUGAUGAUGACUUAGAGGAUAACAAACAAAUAAUUACACCAAAACCUCUGGUUCCUAACAGUCGGGUUUUUAUCAAUUUGGACAAUAAUAUGGACACAGUUUCGGAUAACAAUGAUAUGUUGUAUAACAAUAAUGAAGUGAACAGUGAUAAUCAAUUGUAUCAAAUCAAUGAUGACUUAACAUUGCCGUCAAUUAUCAAUGAAUUUGAAUUGAAAAGACUUGCAUUACAAAUACAACCCGUUGUAGUCAUAAAUCGGCUAAAAAUGCCAAACAAUAAAUCAAAGACUAUCAGUAAUAGUCGUCUAAAUGGGUCUGAAGUCGAAACUAAAAACAAUGAUUGUUUCAAAUGUGUUGAAUGCGAUCGGUAUUUAUCAUCGGAAUUGAAACUUGAAAUUCAUGUGAAUAGUUGUCAUCUGAAAUGUCGUCCAUUCAGAUGUAAUAAAUGCCGAAAAGGAUUCUUUGCCAACAUAUCACUACUCAAUCAUUUGGGAGAAAAACAUUCAAUUAAACCGUUUGGUUGCGAUAAAUGUCAAUUCAAGACCCGUAGUAAUUGGCAGCUCAACCAUCAUAAACGGAUUCAUUCAUUCAAUCCAGUCAUAGGUUUGCCAUUACAAGGACUGCAAUAA